AUAUGUUGUCAUUUAUUGUUGACAAACUUACAUUCUGUGUUCCGAGUAUUGUAAAUCUAAUUGAGUUUUUUUCGACGUAUCUACUUGUUUUUCUUUUAAGGACAUGAAUUCCAAGGAAUUGUAUGCAAUUCGAGAGUGGGCACCUUUGACCGAUGUCUUUGAUCGAAUUCCUACACGCAUAAACCGUGGACUGUUUCCGGCGGAUCUUAGCAUCACCUGCGUCGAUGUGGUGGAUGAUGAAUUUAUUGCGUUGGGCAGCGAUGCAGGCAUAGUUUUUUGGUAUAAUCGUUAUACAGGAGUAAUACAAAAACUUAAGGCAGAGAGUAACUCACGCAUUACCUGUGUGAAAGUAGUAAAUUCCGUAGAGUAUAUGGUUGCGGCUGGAAAUUCUACAGGACAGGUUGAUAUUUUCCAAAUACAAAAGGAAUUGCCUGCCGAUUUGAAUUUAGUGGCACCUUGCACUAAAUCGAAGCCUAUAGAGAGGUAUAGCAUACGUGACUUACAUCAAAGCACCAUAAGUUGUUGCGAAUGGUCUAAGAAUGGCAUGAAGCUAUAUUCGGGAGACCGCCAAGGUGUGGUAGUUUUAACGGAAUUGGAUUAUCAAACGCACAUCAGCAAGUCGGCGGAAAUUCUUAGCGAGGCUUAUGAAAUAGUCCAACUAAGUUCCCAUCAGCGUUACCUUUUGGUUUCUACACUUUAUCGUUCCAUUAUAUGCACCCAAGAGGCCGGAAAUUGGGUGGUUAAGCAAAUUGGGAAAAAAGAUCGUAAACAGCUGGUUGAUUGUGGUGGCACAUUUUUUAAGCAAUCUUCAAAGCCACGUUUGGUAUGUGGCCGUCCUAAUCUGCGUUUUUGGCUGGCCGAUGUCGAGGGCAAUGUUGAAAAGACGGUUUUGUUUCGCGAAGCCAUUACAAAGAGCCCUACAUGGGAAAUACCCAUACUAAAUCCAAAAUUUUCUUUUUUAAAUCACAUGAAGCCAAUGACAAGCUCCCAGCAACCUGAGGAAUUUCCAGCUGUGGGUGAUUCCAAAAAUUUCCGUAGCAUUUAUUGCUAUGCUGGCCAGGAUUCUUUAAUUGUUACACAUGACGAACGCUCAUUAUAUAUAUUGAACUUGGAUCGUCUAAAAGUGGAGGCCGUUGCCAAAGGAUUUCGCAAAAUUAUAGAUUUUUGUGUGUGUAAUAAGGAAAUAUUUGUUUUGGAAGGAGAGCGAUCACUAUUAAGAUUGGCUCCAAUGCCCGAAAAGCCAAAUAAAAUCGCCAAAAUAAUAUACAAUCCUACUCUACCACCGCCAGUGCCCCUUUUGGGCUCUAUAUGUGGUUCAUUCGAGGCUCCUGCAGAAUAUGAACCAGAGGAGGGGCAAACUGUUACCAGUGCCGAAGAGUGUUUUGAAUUGCCCCCUAUCGAGGCGCUAAAUUUGAAUAUACCAAUUGAACUUGCUGUGGAGUCUUCAAAGGCUGAACAAAAUCGUCGCCUUGAGGUUUUCAGGGAAAUAUCUGAUAUGGAUUUUGACGAUGAUAUACUUCAUCAUAGUGGCAUUGUUAAACCCGGCACAAGAAAGAAGCGACAUAAAAGUCGAGAAAAUCGACAUAAAGCUGAGGGUAUUGUAGAAAUUGGUCAUAUUGUUGAAACGGAUCGCGAUAAAUCAUUGGAAUACACAUCUGAAGCAACACAAAUGGAAGCAAGCUAUUGCAAUAGCAAUGUAGAGGUUGAGCCUAUGAGUUUAAAUUUGAAACAAGCCUAUAGUGAACACUUACCCAACAUUUUAAGUCCCACAACCCUGAAACAAACCAUAGCUGAGAAGGCCAAACAUUUGGCUGAAGAACUUAAUUUGCCCGAAGUCGAUUUGCAGCCCAUUACAGAUGAAGAGCUGCGUUUAUCAAAGUAUUUAGCACAACCACCGGCGCCGCAGCCUCCUUUUAUGGCAUCUCCUUUGGACACGGUUUAUCCAUCUGAAAAUAUUUUCAAAGAUACAAGCAUACAAACAACUCCUUGUAAAAAGAUCUACUAUAUUGAAGAACAAACUGUCACCGAUUAUGCCGGUUUGCCCAUAGAAGACCUUUGUCAUUCUCUGAGGGCAACAAAUUUAAUAGAAACCAAAUCCAUGAUGGUGGAUAGUUCUACAAACGAAGAAAGGGCUACGACUUCUAAACCUCUAACCUUUACAAAUGCCCAUUUAGAAACCGAGGAAAUUGAAAGUUUCCUUUUGGAUUUUAAUAAAGCCAAAGAUCCUUUGUUGGCGGCAGCUGGAAUGCCAUCAACCUCAAACUCUUAUAACAAAUCGGAAAAUGAAUCUUCAAAUGGUUCCUCCAGUGAGUGGGAAUUUUUGGAUAAUUGAACAGAACGUAACUCUACACAUUUCAACAAUAGUCUAUGGGAGACAUUCCUAAAACGAAUUAAGUAUUAUAGUUUACAUCAUUUAUUUUAUGUUUUAUUUAUGAACAUAGGAGCACAGCUAACAUUGGUGAUAUAUGGUUUUUGUGUCUAUAUAGGUACCCUUAACCACAUUAUUGCCCAGUGAUUUUUUUAUUUAUUAAAAACAAAAAGUGAUUUGAACGUAGA